AUGGCGGAGGCUCCCGGCCACCCGGGCUCCGAGGAGCGGCGGGAGCUGCUGGCGGAAGAAGACACAGGGCUCGCCACUCAGCGGAGCGUGGAGGAUGAGGAGGAGGCCGCCCGCGAGCGGCGCCGGCAGGGCAGGGAGCGGCAGCUUCGGGCUCGAGACGAAGAUGAAGGAAGCCCGUCCCCGGAGCAGUCGGAGCAGGAGAAGCUCCGCAGCCCGCAGCCCGCAGAGGCCCCUGAACUGGACGAGGAUGAGGGCUUUGGCGACUGGUCCCAGAAGCCGGAGCAGCAGCGGCAGCAGCACUGGGGUGCUGGGGAGACCACGGAUGCGGGGGACCCCCCUGGGGGCGAGAGUCCGGCAGGGACGCAGGAGGACGACAGGCAAGUGGAGGGUGCUGACGAGCUGAGCCCAGCUGAGGUCUGUCUGGAGGAGCUGCAUCUGAGCCCUGACUUGGAGCCCCAGGAGGGGCUGGCCCCAGAGGUCCCAGAGCCCAGCGGGCCCGAGGAGCCCGUGCAGGGCAGCCCAGGGCUGGCGGAGACUGAGGAGGCAGAGGCACAGCACCAGGGCUGCCGACAGCCCAGGACACCCAGCCCCCUGGUCUUGGAGGGGACCGAAGUGGGCUCGCCUCCCCUGAGCCCUAGCACCAAACUCAGCGACAGAACUGAGUCCCUGAACCGCUCCAUUAAGAAGAGUAACAGUGUGAAGAGGUCCCAGCCGGCCCUGCCCAUCUCCAAGAUUGAUGAGAGGCUGGAGCAGUACACCCAGGCUGUUGAGACCGCGGGCCGGGCCCCCAGGCUCACCCGCCAGCCCUCCAUCGAGCUGCCCAGCAUGGCUGUGGCGAGCACUAAGAGCCGCUGGGAGACAGGAGAGGUGCAGGCUCAGUCGGCCGCCAAGUCCGCCCCCUGCAAGGAUAUUGUGGCCGGAGACAUGAGCAGGCGGGAUCUCUGGGAGCAGAAGGGAGGCCCCAAGACCUCGUCCACGGUCAAGAGCACCCCGUCUGGGAAGAGGUACAAGUUUGUGGCCACCGGACAUGGAAAGUAUGAGAAGGUGCUUGUGGACGAGGGCCCGGCGCCCUAG